CAACAAUCUUUGUUUUGUAACAAUAUAAUAGUAUAUAGUAAUAAGAUAUAGUAUAAUAUGGCAAUAAUGUCAUGUCCUAUAUUAUUGAAUUCUAAUGCUAAUAGCCUCAAAUUCUUUAUUAAAAACCUCAAACCUUGAAACCAUUACUUAGAAGAAAAUAAGAUGAACAUGAAAGGAGUGGGAGAUUUUACAACCAUAGUUUUGAUCUUUGUGUUUGUAUUUCUUCUUUUGGCUUUGAUCAAGAUCUUCCACAAUCUAUGGUGGGUUCCAACUCGAUUUCAGAAAUUUUUGUCUUUGCAAGGAGUCAAUGGUCCUCCUUACAAGUUCAUCCAGGGCAACACCAAAGAAAUAUUAACUAUGAUGAAGGCGGCCAAGGCCAAACCUAUAUCGGAGUUGUCAAAUUUUAUCUUUCCUAAACUUCAGCCUAAUAUUCAUUAUUGGGCCAACUUAUAUGGAAAAGUUUAUCUUCAAUGGUAUGGCACUCGAGCACUAUUGGUGAUUUUGGAGCCUGAAUUGGUGAAAGAGAUAUUGAUCAACAAAGAGGGAGCUUAUAUCAAACAAAAUUGGAGCCUAUAUGUGAAGAAAAUUCUAGGAGAUGGCCUUGCCAUGUCUCAAGGUGAAAAAUGGACAAAAAUGAGAAAACUUGCUAAUUUUGCUUUCCAUGGUGAGAGCUUGAAAGGUAUGACUCCAGCAAUGAUUGCUAGUGUUGAGACAAUGUUAGAGAAAUGGAAUUGUGAUGAAGGCAAAGAGAUUGAAGUGUAUGAAGAAUUUAGAUUGUUGACUGCAGAGGUUAUUUCUAGGACAGCAUUUGGGAGCAGUUAUAAGGAAGGCAGUGCCAUUUUUGAAAUGUUGGCUAAGUUGUCCUUGUUAGCAUCCAGAAACAUGUUAACAGUAAGACUUCCGGGGAUCAGUAAAAUUUUUAAGACCAAAGAUGAGAGAGAAGCAGAGAAGCUUGAGAAAACAAUUCACCAAUCAAUUGUAGAGUUGAUUAAGAAAAGAGAAGACAAAGUAAUGAACAAAGAUGCAGACAAUUAUGGGAAUGAUUUUCUUGGAUUACUAGUAAAGGCAAACCAUGAUGACAACAUAAGCCAAAGAAUUUCAAUAGAUGAUGUUGUUGAUGAAUGCAAGACAUUCUAUUUUGCUGGACAAGAAACCACUAAUAGUUGGCUUGCUUGGACUAUUCUCCUCCUAUCUAUCCAUACUGAGUGGCAAGAAGAAGCAAGGAAAGAGGUCUUCACUAUAUUUGGAAAACAAAAUCCAAACUUAGAUGGGAUACCCAAACUUAAAAUUCUGAAUCAGAUUAUCCAUGAGUCGCUAAGAUUAUAUCCUUCAUUAACUUCAUUAGCAAGAAAAACUAGAAAGGAAGUAAGAUUGGGACAUCUCAAUCUUCCAGCCAAUGCAAUUAUACUCAUAUCAAUUCUAUCACUUCAUCAUGAUCCUGAAAUAUGGGGACAUGAUUCUCAUCUUUUCAAGCCUGAGAGAUUUUCUCAAGGGGUUGCUAAAGCUACUAAGGACAACAUGGCUGCUUUUCUUCCCUUUGGAAUUGGACCUCGAUCUUGUGUCGGGAUUAACUUUGCCAUCAACGAAGCGAAAAUUGUUCUGACAAUGAUUCUGCAACGAUACAGCUUCACCUUGUCCCCAACAUAUGUCCAUUCACCACUUAGCAUUAUCACAAAUAGGCCACAAUAUGGAGUUCAAGUAAUGCUACAAUUAAUUUGAACCCUUACUUUGCUUGUACACCUCAUCUCUUCUAUCUCUUUUAAUAAUAUUGCAAAACACUUCCCAUUGGAGAAAUAUUUCUUAUUGGAGUAUUGUAAUGAUUUUGAAUAAGUUCUAAUCGUUAAUUCGUCAUUGAGAUGAAUUUUAGGUUGGUUCUUAGCUUUUGCGUUGUCUUCCGAUCUUAUUACUUGUGCCUCAUGUUGUUGUAACAUUUAGGUUGUCUGGCUGAUGCGAAAGCUUCGCAUCAGGCCAAUUAAGUAAUUUAGUCACUCUUUAUCCUUUCGAACUGUAUAACAACUUUGUGCCUAUGUUCAUCUUCUUUGAAGAUUAUAUUUGGAUUUUGUUCG